GUGUGUGUGUCUCUCUCCCCCUCUCUCCCCCCCUUCUCUGUGUCUCUCCACCUUCCUAUUAACCAGUCGAGGGGCGGUCAGUAAUGGAGGAUUUCUUACCCAACACAGACGAGCCUUUGCUGCUGGUUUGAAAGCUUCUUUCAUUGCAAAGGCAAAGGAGAAAGGGGAGAGCGAGAGAAAGAGAAUUAAAGAGGAGGAGGAGGGGAGGGGGUAAGAGGGGGAAUUAUAUUUGGCCUAAAGAGCGACUUGGGAAGCCAAAAUGUCGACCAGAACGCCAUUGCCCACUGUGAACGAGCGCGACACAGAGAAUCAUACGUCUGUGGAUGGAUAUGGUGAGUCACAAAGCCAUCCUUCCAAAUCAGCGAGCAGACAAAACCUACCCCGCUGCAGGAAUUCAGUGGCCUCCACAACUGAUGAACAGCCCCAUAUUGGAAAUUACCGGCUGCUAAAGACUAUAGGCAAAGGAAACUUUGCAAAAGUAAAAUUAGCACGACAUGUUCUGACUGGAAGAGAGGUUGCUGUUAAAAUAAUCGACAAGACACAACUCAAUCCAACCAGUCUGCAAAAGCUCUUUCGAGAAGUAAGAAUUAUGAAGAUUUUGAAUCACCCAAAUAUAGUUAAGUUAUUUGAAGUAAUUGAAACAGAGAAGACACUAUAUUUAAUUAUGGAGUAUGCAAGUGGAGGAGAAGUAUUUGAUUACUUAGUUGCACACGGAAGAAUGAAAGAAAAAGAGGCAAGAGCAAAGUUUCGACAGAUCGUGUCGUCUGUGCAGUACUGCCAUCAGAAGUGUAUCGUACACAGGGACCUCAAGGCAGAAAACUUGCUUCUUGAUGCAGAUAUGAAUAUAAAAAUUGCGGACUUUGGCUUUAGUAAUGAAUUUACAAUCGGUAAUAAAUUAGACACAUUCUGCGGGAGUCCUCCUUACGCUGCACCCGAGCUUUUCCAAGGAAAGAAAUACGAUGGUCCAGAGGUGGAUGUCUGGAGUCUGGGAGUUAUCCUUUACACUCUAGUUAGUGGCUCGUUGCCUUUUGAUGGCCAAAAUUUAAAGGAACUGAGGGAAAGGGUGUUGCGGGGGAAAUACCGUAUUCCUUUUUACAUGUCAACAGACUGUGAAAACUUGCUAAAGAAACUCUUGGUACUAAAUCCUGUCAAACGAGGCAGCUUGGAACAAAUCAUGAAGGAUCGAUGGAUGAAUGUUUGCUUUGAGGAAGAGGAAUUGAAACCUUACAGUGAACCGGAACCGGACUACAAUGAUCCGAAAAGAAUAGAUGUCAUGGUCACAAUGGGUUUCACCAAAGAAGAAGCUACUGAAUCUUUAGUGGGACAGAAGUAUGAUGAAAUCAUGGCCUGCUACCUGCUAUUAGGCAGAAAACCUCCAGAUUUUGAAGGCAGUGAAUCGCAGUCCAGCAGCAACCUGUGUCAGCGGUCAAGACCCAACAGCGACCUCAACAACAGCUCCACGCAAUCUCCCACGCACUCCAAGGUCCAGCGCAGCAUCUCAGCAAAUCAGAAGCAGAGGCGGUUUAGUGAUCAUGGUGGGGAUGAUAAUGAAACAACUGGCCCAUCAAUCCCACCCGCUGUCUCAUACACUAAACGGGCUCAGGCCAACAGCGUGGAAAGUGAACAGAAAGAAGAUUGGGACAGAGAAUUGUCUCGCAAACUGAGCAGCACUGCUGUGGGUUCCAAAGGGGAUAUCCCAGCAAGUCCGCUUUCAGGUCUGGAGAGGAAGAAAUCCGGAACUGGACCAAGCAACAAUGUGCUUCCUGGAGGUGGCAUGACCCGACGGAACACAUACGUAUGUGAACGCUCCACGGGCUACUCUGCUGUACAGAAUGGAAAAGACAGCAGUCCUGCAACAUCCUCCACUGGAGUAGUAGCCUCAGCCCGGCCUCGACACCAGAAAUCCAUGUCUGCCUCUGGUCACCCCAUCAAGGUUACACUGCCUCCCAUUGAGGACGGCAGCGAAGGCUAUCGAUCCAGCUCGGCAGCACAAAGGGUACCCGCUGCUUCUCCUUCUGCGCACAGUAUUAGCACGACUACCCCGGACCGGACCCACUUUCCUCGAGGAAGCUCCAGCCGAAGCACAUUCCAUGGUGCUCAGCUUCGGGAACGCCGCACAGCCACCUACAAUGGCCCACCGGCCUCCCCCACGCUGUCACAUGACACCGGCGUUCUCUCACAAGCUCGAAGAGGGACCUCCACCGGGUUAAUAAGCAAGAUCACAUCCAAAUUCGCCCGCAGGGGCCCUAUUGAUGUUGAAGGUAGCAACAGAGCUGACACCGCAAGGAGCAUGUCUGGAGAACCAAAGGACCGAGAGAGGGAUGAGAGUAAAGAUUCAAAGCCAAGAUCUUUGAGGUUCACGUGGAGUAUGAAGACCACCAGCUCAAUGGAUCCUAACGACAUGAUGCGAGAGAUCCGGAAGGUGCUGGAUGCGAAUAACUGUGACUAUGAACAGCGGGAAAGGUUCCUCUUGUUCUGUGUUCAUGGGGACGCUCGCCAGGACAACCUGGUCCAGUGGGAGAUGGAAGUCUGCAAGCUGCCACGUUUGUCUCUAAAUGGUGUUCGUUUUAAGCGAAUAUCCGGGACAUCUAUAGCAUUCAAGAACAUUGCAUCUAAAAUAGCCAACGAGCUGAAGUUGUAAACAGAAACUGUAAUUAGGGGAUCAGGGAUGUUUCUUGCGUGAUGUACAGUUCACUCUUGAAUGUACUGGUAUUAUUGCUAAUGUGUGUAUUUGGCCACUGACCCCAUUUCCUCUUCCCUUCCCUCCACCCCGCCCCCCCCCCCAUAAAUUAAGCGGUUAGAAAUUUCCGUUGCAAUAAAGUUAUAUACAUUGUGAUUCUGAACUGUAAAACCCAGGUCUGUAUGGCUUAUUGUGAAUUAGCUUUAAGGAACUGUGAUCUUAUUCCCACUUGUACAGGUAAGUAUAUUGAGCAUUGUCACAGCUUAUGUUCAUACAGUUGUACAAUAAAGAUUAACAGCUAACAUCUACAGGUCUUGUAUAGUUGUGUCCUGAUCUAUGUACAGAAAUUCCCAUUUAAUGUUCCAACAAAAAAAAACAUAAUUUGAGUUUUUAAACUUUUUUCCAUAAUAAUUCAAUUUUUGGAUAUUGGAUGAAUUAAGAUUAUUUGCCUCAUUGUUGUUUUGUUUGUAGUAAACCUCUCUCUCCCACUUGGUGAUUUCAAGUUGUUAUCUUGGUAUCUAGAGAUUUCCCUCCAUACAAUAGUGUUUUAAUUAAUAGCACAAAAUAGCUUUUGGAAAGCAGUCUCAGGAAUUGUUUGUCAUCUGUUGAGAAAGAUGGCCCUCUUUUCCUUUCCUCGUGCUGUAUGUAGCUGACAAAGAUUUAUCGAGUUCACAUUUAACAUCUGUACAAUAAAAAUGGUGUUGCUCACAUGUUAAAUGGCUGUGUGGUUUCCUGUUCCACUGUAAUCAAAGUGUGCUGAUGAAUAGUUUCCAGAUUUCUUGUAUUUAUUCCAGGACAGUAUACCUGUAAUGUGCAGCAUUGUAAUUAUUAGGCCUUCACCAAUGAAAGGAAUAUUUUCCUUUAUAACUAGUGAUAUACUAUGUAAAACCACUAGUGCUGGUACAUCUAAUACUUGUUUUUGUACUAAAUUAACCAUGUAGGUUAAUUGUGCAAUUGUACUUCAUGUUGUAAUUAUUGUAAUAUUAGCGUUUAACCCUGUCUGCACUCUUGUGAAAUUUGGAGAGAAAAAAAAACUAGAUCUGUCGGUGUACAUGCUAUGAUCAGAUCUGAAACCAUAAUGAUCAAAAGGUGAACUAAACUUUAUGCAAAAGCAUUAGAUUGAAGCUUUGGACUGUAAAUAUUCUGUGAUGUAGCUUCUUUCCUGUGACGGUUGUGUUUCAGAAUGACAUUAAUUUUGUUGCGUUAGAGGAUGCUUGGAAAGUCCUACUUGCCCCCUACACUUGAUGUUCAUUCAGAGUUCAGUGCAAGUCACCUGAUUACAUUUUCACUGGUGCACAAUAUUAAAACAAACUUGAAAUGA